CUGGCUUUGUGGGAUUAAUUUAUUAAAAUACUGUCCAGGAUCUUGAAAGGUGGUCUGCCAGCAGACAGAGGCAUGUGGGAUAUGCGCAUGCACACAUGCAAAGCCUGAGUUUGGGUGCGAACUAGACUGCGAACCCCUGCGGGGCAGGAAUUUGAUCUGAGGCCUUGUGGUAUUGGCAGCUUCUCAAGAAGCCCUCCAGAGGCUGCUGUGUUCAGGGCUGCCUGGCACUGAGUGGGCUCCUGGAAAUGGCUGGGAAUGUAGCAAUCUGGCGAGGGCUAGAGCCUGCAGGAAUGCUUCCAGAAGGGACCAGAGCCCCAGGGUGGGUGUGGGGCAGGACCUGGAAUGGGGAAGUGUUGCUGGAGCGUGGAAAGGAGCUCAGGCCUGAAGAGCCCAGACACCUCGUCUCCUCUGUAGAACCCUCUCACAGUUCCCAUUAGGUGUGGAACCCAAGGAUUUGGUGAAGGAACUGUGGGCCAGAGAAGGUCAGUGACUUUGUCUAGGGUCACAGUGCACCAGCAGAACCCUAUCAAGUCUUCUCAGCCAGGUUCUAGGAGGCAGGGAGGGACCCAUGGGACAGAGAGGUGAGAGAAGUGGGGAGGGGUGAGAGAGGCCAGGAUUUGGAGUUGAGGAUGAGCCCUUAGGGUAAGGAAGUUGGAGUGUGUGUGUGUGUGAAUUAACAGUUGGUCUCUUUUGCAUGCCUAGGGUUUCUAACUGAAAUGGAAAACCAGGAAGGACAUUCCAUUCCACCCUCCUCCAUCCAAGAGCCUCCAGCCUGGCCAGCUCAUUGUGUGGGGCUAGAGCACAGUGCCUGCAGCUCUCUCCACCAGGUUGAAACUACUGGAAAUUGUCUGGUGGUGACUUUAGAAACCUUCCCUGAUACGCUGUAGAUGGUCUCUGUGAAGUCAAGAGAGCGCUCUGCCUGCUGUUCCCUACUGUUCUCUGUGGCCACCUGCAGAAGCUCACAGGUGUUCAGCUCGCGCUCGGCCGCCCUCCCUAGCCGCGGAGGCCAGGUGCGCCUGAGCUCGGGUCGCCCAGGCAGCCUAGGCAGCAGCAGCUUCUAUGGCUUGAGCGCCUCGCGGCCGCGGGUGGCGAUGCGCUCCGCCUAUGGGGGUCCAGUGGGCGCCGGCAUUCGCGAAGUCACCAUCAAUCAGAGCCUGUUGGCCCCUCUGCGGGUGGACAUCGACCCCUCCAUCCAGCAGGUGCGCCAGGAGGAGCGAGAGCAGAUCAAGACCCUCAACGACAAGUUUGCUUCCUUCAUUGACAAGGUGCGCUUCCUGGAGCAGCAGAACAAGAUGCUGGAGACCAAGUGGGCGCUGCUGCAGGAAUCAAAAUCAGCUAAGAGCAGCCGCCUCUCUGGCCUCUUUGAGGCCCAGAUUGCUGGCCUUCGGCGGCAGCUGGAAGCACUACAGAUGGAUGGAGGCCGCCUGGAGGUGGAGCUUCGGAGCAUGCAGGAUGUCGUAGAAGACUUCAAGAAUAAGUAUGAGGAGGAGAUCAACCGUCGCACGGCUGCUGAGAAUGAGUUUGUGGUGCUGAAGAAGGAUGUGGAUGCUGCCUACAUGAACAAGGUGGAGCUGGAGGCCAAGGUGGAUGCUCUGAAUGAUGAGAUCAGCUUCCUCAGGACCCUCAAUGAGACGGAGUUGGCAGAGCUGCAGUCCCAGAUCUCAGACACAUCUGUGGUUCUGUCCAUGGACAACAGCCGCUCCCUGGACCUGGACAGUAUCAUCGCUGAAGUGAAGGCUCAGUAUGAGGAGAUGGCCAAGCGCAGUCGGGCUGAGGCUGAAGCCUGGUACCAGACCAAGUUUGAGACCCUCCAGGCCCAGGCUGGAAAGCAUGGGGAAGACCUCCGGAACACCCGAAACGAGAUUGCGGAGAUGAACCGGGCCAUCCAGAGGCUGCAGGCUGAGAUCGACAGCAUCAAGAACCAGCGAGCCAAGUUGGAGGCUACCAUUGCAGAGGCCGAGGAGCAUGGGGAGCUGGCCGUCAGGGAUGCUCGCGCCAAGCAGGAGGAGAUGGAGGCCGCCCUGCAGCAGGCCAAGCAGGACAUGGCGCGGCAGCUGCGAGACUACCAGGAGCUCCUGAACGUCAAGCUGGCCCUGGACAUUGAGAUCGCCACCUACCGCAAGCUGCUGGAGGGCGAGGAGAGCCGGUUGGUUGGAGAUGGAGCAGGAGCGGUGAACAUCUCUGUGGUGAGUUCUACUGGUGGCAGUGGCAGAGGGCUGGUCUUCGGAGGAACCAUGGGCAGCAAUGCCCUGAGCUUCUCGAGCAGCGGGGGACCUGGAGCCCUCAAGGCCUAUUCCAUCAGGACCUCAUCUGCCACCCGAAGGAACCUCCGCAACUAAGCUGUGGGCACAGACAACACAUCCCCUGCCCACAGUCAUGGGACGACUCCGGCCUCCCACCCCUGGCCCUGAGAGUGAAACAUAGUCUGAAAACUAAUGUCAGAGAAGCUUCAAUAAAGAGAAUUUCUGAGCCCUG